CCCAAUUCUCUUUACAAAUAAGAAAGAAAAUUAUCUUUAAACGGCAAACUCUUUACAACUGACAUAUGUGAAAAUGAGACAUUCAUCCAUCAAGAAGUUGAUCUUUUUUCCAUUUUGUUCUUUCGUUUUCUUUCCUUUUCAGCACAAGGAAAUUCGUUUAACAGUGCCAGAAAACAGUCACCUAACACUAAUGGAGACUGGUGAUGCUCUUCAGAAAACUCUUCUCCUCCAUCUGUGUGUCGCCAGUCUUUCCUUCCAUUUAUGCCGUUCCUCUACUCUUCAAUUGCCCAUCGGCAUCCACCCCCUAGAUGAGAAGUACUAUACGUCGUCGGAGUUGAUCAAUUGUAAAGAUGGUUCAAAAUCAUUCACCAGAGACCGCCUAAACGACGAUUUCUGUGACUGUCUUGACGGCACUGAUGAGCCAGGAACUGCGGCCUGUCCCCAUGGCAAGUUCUAUUGCAGGAAUAUGGGCAACAUGCCAAAAUUUUUGUUUUCAUCUCAAGUAAAUGAUCGCAUUUGUGAUUGCUGUGAUGGAAGUGAUGAAAAUGAUGGCGCCAUUAGUUGCCCUAAUACUUGUGUCAUGGGUGGGGAUUUCGCUUACAAGACAAGAAGUCAUAUUUCACGAGAUGAUUUAGUGAGAAAAGUAGGGACGGAGGACCCUGUACAGAAAGUUAAAGGUUUGAAGAUAUUGGUAGUCUUGCAGGUACUGAUUAUUUUGAUUGUUGUGGCCAGCCCACUGCUCUGUCGUCGCACCAGAUCUAGAAGACGGCAUUCUCGUUGAUAGCAUUAAUAUAUAGGAUUAUUUUGGUAUCACAUGCAUUUAUAACUCUAGUUUUAGGAAAUGUAUAUCAAUAUUGGAACAGAGCUUUCAUAUAGAUCAUUCGAUUGAAUUUUCACUUUUUAUUUUAUCUACGGAAAAUUCAAGAAUGCAACGGUUGUGAACAAUCAAAUGGACGCAUCUGAUAAACUUGUGAAUGUAAA